AUGUACGGCUCCUCUUUGGAGCGCAUGGAGUUAUUGGAAGAGGCCAGGAAGAUGGAAAUGGCAAAGUUUCGCUACAUCCUUCCUGUUUACGGCAUCUGCAAAGAGCCAGUUGGCUUGGUCAUGGAAUACAUGGAAACGGGGUCUCUGGAAAAGCUCCUGGCUUCUGAACCUCUGCCCUGGGAAUUGCGGUUCCGCAUCAUCCAUGAGACAGCUGUGGGGAUGAACUUUCUGCACUGCAUGUCCCCUCCGCUGCUCCACCUGGACCUCAAGCCUGCAAACAUCUUGCUUGAUGCCCACUACCAUGUCAAGAUUUCUGACUUUGGACUUGCAAAGUGCAAUGGCUUGUCCCAUUCCCAUGACAUCAGCAUGGAUGGCUUGUGCGGCACCAUCGCGUACCUUCCCCCAGAACGCAUCAAAGAGAAAAACAGAUGUUUUGACACCAAACAUGAUGUGUACAGCUUUGCCAUUGUGGUUUGGGGAGUCCUUACACAGAAGAAGCCUUUUGCAGAGGAAAACAACAUUUUACAUAUUAUGGUAAAAGUAGUUAAAGGCCACCGCCCAGAGCUACCUGCUGUUUCCAAAUCCAGACCUCAUUCAUGUAAUAACUUGAUCAAACUGAUGCAAAAAUGUUGGCAAGAUGAUCCUGGUGAACGGCCAACAUUUCAAGAAAUCACUUCAGAAACAGAGGCCCUUUGUGAAAAACCAGAAGAUGAAACAAAAGAGAUGAUAACUCAGGACCUGGACACCAAGAAUUCUCCAGAGCAGCAGCCUGAGGGGAUGUCUGCACUAUCCCAGUUGAAACAGGAGCCUGCUCUGCCAUCAGUGAAGGAUUACAGUCUAUCAGAGUUGUUGUCCCAGCUGGAUUCAGGGAUUUCACAGACUAUUGAAGGCCCUGAGGAUCUCAGCCGCAGCUCUUCUGAGUCCAAACUUGCCUCCAGUGACAAGCGGCUUUCAGGAGUUUCAUCUGUAGAUUCAGCUUUUUCAUCCAGAGGCUCCCUUUCCCUUUCCUUUGAAAGGGAUAGUUCAGAUAUUGGUACUACAGACAUACAGAAGAGGAAGCUAACAGAGGCCAUUCUAUCUGGAGAUACCAGCAAGCUGAUGAAGAUCCUCCAGCCUCAAGAUGUUGAUAUUGUUUUAGAUGGGAAUUCCAGUCUUCUGCACUUGGCUGUUGAAGCUGGUCAAGAAGAAUGUGUCAAAUGGCUCCUCCUGUACAAUGCUAAUCCUAAUCUCACCAACAAGAAAGGAUCCACCCCUCUUCAUAUAGCCAUUGAGAAGAAAGUUAAAAGCAUUGUGGAGCUGAUUAUGGCUAGGAAAAUCAACGUUAAUGCCAAAGAUGAGGAUCAGUGGACUGCUCUUCACUUUGCUGCCCAAAACGGGGAUGAUUUCAGCACCAAAAUGCUGCUUGAUAAGAAUGCAUCCUUAAAUGAGGUAGAUUUUGAAGGCAGAGCCCCCAUCCACAUAGCCUGUCAGUACGGUCAAGAGAAUAUUGUGCGGAUCUUCCUGAGAAGAGGUAUCAAUGUGAACAUCAAAGGAAAAGAUGACUGGGUGCCUCUGCACUACGCCGCCUGGCAAGGUCAUCUCCCCAUCGUAAAGCUCCUGGCCAAGCAGCGAGGCGCAAACGUGAACGUGCGGACCGUGGAUGGAAGGACCUCGCUCCACUUGGCUGCCCAACGAGGACACUACCGCGUCGCUCGCCUGCUCAUAGACCUGGAGUCGGACGUUAACAUACGGAACGCGCUCAUGCAGACUGCUCUCCACAUAGCUGCUGAAACGGGCCACACGAGCACGUCAAGGUUGCUCCUGAAACACGGUGCCGACAUUGAGGCAGCAACAGCUGAAGGAUACACUGCUCUGCACUUGGCAUCUCGCAGUGGCCAUUUAGCAACAACAAAGCUGCUGAUAGAUGAAAGGGCCAGUAUUCUAGCCAGAGGCCCUUUAAAUAGGACAGCAUUGCAUCUUGCUGCAGAAAACGGGCACGCUGAAGUAGUAGAAGAACUCGUAAGUCCAGAAAAUAUCAAUGUUUCUGACAGUGAAGGGUUUACAGCUCUUCAUCUGGCUGCACGAGGAGGGCACAUGAAAACAGUCGAGGUUCUUCUGAAGCAUGGGGCACACACUGACCUGCAGAGACCUGCAUGUCAGACCCUGCUGCAGCUUGCUCAGCAGAGCGGUAAUAGGUCGGUUACUGUGUUGUUAAGUGAAACUUAA